AUCCGAUCAUUUUUCUUUUCCAAUAGACUCUCUUUGAUCCUUCUUCUUCUUUACACAUAUAUAAGCAGUGCUGCCUUUUACUACACAUGGAGAAAUAUCAAAUGUUCUUUCCUAUGUCAGCCUCAGCAGCAGCAGCAGCAGAUCAGUCUUUACCAUUAAACAUGGCGCCUAAUUCUCAAGUUUUCAACAAUUUUAAUGGGAAUUCCAUCGAUGGGUUCUCGGGUUUUAAGACCGAAGACUUGAUGAAGAAACCAGAAGAUCAUAGGGAAUUUGUAAAAUCAGGUCAGAAAAUGGAAAAGAAGAUAAAGAAGCCUAGAUAUGCUUUCCAAACAAGGAGCCAAGUUGAUAUACUCGACGAUGGAUAUCGUUGGAGGAAAUAUGGCCAAAAAGCUGUUAAGAACAACAAAUUCCCAAGAAGUUAUUAUCGAUGCACGCAUGAAGGAUGCAAUGUAAAGAAGCAAGUCCAACGUCUAACCAAAGAUGAAAAUGUGGUAGUCACCACUUACGAAGGAAUGCACACUCAUCCUAUACAGAAGCCAACCGACAAUUUUGAACAUAUCUUGAGCCAAAUGCAAAUUUAUACACCCUUUUAAAACCCCUCAUCAUCAUCAUCACUAUCACUAUCC